AUGGGGGCGUGGAUGUCGUCGUCGGAGCGCCGGUCGGCGGCAACCUCCUCGGCCACAGCAACACAGCCAAAGUCGUUACGGGCGCGGUCGUUCUCGGUCAAGUUUUCAAGCGCGCUAACGCAGUCACUCAAGUCCAAGUCGCACGCGUCCAUGAUUUACGCCGCAGACGACGAGGGCCAGCUCCGUGUCGAGACGGUGCUAUUGGACGGCGUCUAUGAUCGCGGCCUCGCGACGCCGGACGAGUACCAGCACUACAUGCCGCCCAACAUGCCGGUCUUUCCCGUGUACGAGCCCUUGUACCACGAGACGUGCGCUCGCACGUGGAAGCUUCUGUGCAAGGGCGGUACCCUCAAAAUGCAGCAGUACCACAAGGACGGCAUCGUGCUCUUCUACGACGAGUUCUUUCAUCGCCUCUUUCAGCGCGACCCGAGCUUCACCGAGAUCUUUCCGGGCAUUCGCAAGCGCAUUGAAGUGCUCAUCAAGGCCAUAAAGUUUAUGCUACCCGAGAGCCACAACACAUCGUCCAUCGAUGUCAUGCACCGGUGCCGCCACCUCGGACACCGGCACAAGACGUUUCCCAAAAUCCGGCCACACCAUUUUGCCAUGUACACGAGCACGCUCGUUGAAGUCGCCAUGUUCUGGCUCGACACGGAGGCGACGCCGGACGUUGGCGAAGCGUGGAGCAACCUCAUUGGCUUUCAUCUCAAGUUCAUGCUCCAAGCGUACCUCUACGAAAACGUACUCGGGUCCGAGUGGAGCCAAAACGUCACGAUCCCCACCGCCCGGACGGCUGCGCGCAAAACGUUGCCCACCGAGCGUCACUGCGAAUGA